UUUCAACGAAAAAUAAUUAUAAGCAAUUAGUCUAAUUAGUGUUGGACUUUAGGUACCUAAUUUCGAUUUUUUUGUUGUUGUUUUUUUUGGUAAGCAAAAUCCGGUAGGCGCCGAAAUCCGGAUAAGGGGGCGUUUCAACUAAAAAUCUUAUUUUGAAUUAUUGUGAUAUAUAUUAUUAGAUUUAAAAAAAUAUGGCAACAUAUAGCAAGAGUGUGUUAGAUGCCCUAACAGAAAAUCCUGCCCAGCUUUUUGUUGAUUUUUUGAGGUUUCUCGAAUCUACACAGCCCAUCACUGUUCCUUCUACAUCUGCUAUAAGGGUUACAUCUUCAGCACCUACUAUAACUAUUCCAUGUGUUCAACCUCCUGCUGUCGAAUCUACACAGCCUAUCACAGCUACAUUUACGUGUUCAACGAAUGUUCUUUCUACAUCUGCUAUUUGUGGUAUGUUUACAAGUUUCUACUUUUUAAUAUGUUUAUGCAUAUCUUGGCAAUUACAGUAUUUAUUUUUAAUCACAACUUUGAUAAUCUUUAGUUACAUCUUCUGCGGCUUUUAUGACUCGUAAGUUUAAAAACUAUUAUUUGCAAACAUUUACACACCUUUCUUAUCAAUUGCAAAUUUUUAUAGAAACUUUUUUUAUCUUUAGUUCCAGGUAUUCAACCUUCUGCUGGUAAAUUUAUGAUUUAAAAAUGUUUCUUAAUGAUUAUUGAAUUUAUGUUUAUAUUUAUAUACACUAUUUAAUGCAUUAGUAUUGUGUUAUCCCUCAAAGUGCAGCAGAAUGAAAUUAUUACUCUCAUUAAUAUUGUUUAAGUUAUAAUUGAUUAAUACGUUGUUCAUAUUAUUUAUUCAGCCUAUCACUUUUUCAAUUAAUUGUUUUAUAUUAAAUUUUACAUAAUGCCAUUCAGUACUAAUCUAUUAACAAAUCAUUGUCAUUUAGAGCUAACCUAUCAAGACUACUUUAUUGACAUUUUUUGCAAGUUUAAAUGAGAAGGGGAGGGGGGCGUUAGGUGUAGCACACAUUCCUACCUGUACUAACAUAUUAUAAUAAUCUUGAAUACUUGUUUCUCUUUUCCAAUAAACUUAAUUUAAAACUAUUUUUCAAAUAUCUUUUAAAAUUUUUUUUUUUAGUUGGAUACGACUGGGCAGGAAAAUGGGGCGUUUGGCGUGGCAUAUGUCCCGUCCCUUAUGUCAACUUAUACACCACUUGUAUAUGCUGUAAAGUAAGAAAAUUUAAUUUAAAAUUUUUCAUACAAAAUAUAAUCAUUGUUUUUUAGGUUCAAAUAUUUAUAACAAUGUAGCAUUUCACUACGAGGGUGUUAAAACGUAACAAAGACAUCAACACUUCAAUCUAAAAUAGACCACUAAUAUUUGGAAAUGGAUUGGAAGCAAAUUGGAACAAUUUUUUGUGUAUAAAGAUGACAUAUUUUAUCAGAAAAACACUCUUUCGUGUGAAAAA